AUGAGUACUGAGGAAGAUGCCAAGUGGAUUCAGUGGGUGACACACCAGUUUGAGACCAUUGCGGGAAAAGACCGGGAGAUCAACCUGCAAGAAUUCAAAGCAGCCCUGAAUGUGAACGAGUCCUUCUUUGCCGAGACAUUCUUCACCCUGUUUGACCCCGAUGGAGGUGGCACCAUCACCCUCCAGGAGCUGCUGGAGGCGCUGACCCUGCUCAUCCACGGCAACCCCAUGGACAAACUCCAGUUCCUCUUCCAGGUGUACGACGUCGGUGGCAGCGGCUCCAUCGACGUGGAUGAGCUGCGCACCGUGCUGCAGUCGUGCGUGCGCGAGAGCGCCAUCUCGCGGCCAGACGAGAAGCUGGACCAGCUACUGGAGCUCUUGGGAGUCCGCCCACAGGACUGCAACUGCGCCAUCACCUUGAUCCGGAACGAGCUGCAGCGCUUCCCCUCGGUCAUGGAGAACCUGACCAUCGGAUGCGGCCCUCCCCUCUCUCGCAGCGCUACGCACUGGCUGAAGCGCCCCUCCCCCCCCACCGCCCAGCCACGCUGGCGCCAUGCCCGCCCUCUGACCUCCGCCUUCUCCAACCACCGCAGCCACCUGCUCUGUCUGGCCGCUGUCGCGGGCCUCCACGUGCUGCUCUUCGCGCUGGCGGCCAGCGUGCACCGGGCCCCGGGCCCCAGUGUCAUGGUGGCCAAGGGCUGCCAGUGCCUCAACGUUGACUGUAGCUUCAUCGCGGUGCUGAUGCUCGGGCGCUGCCUGACGUGGCCGCGGGCCACCUGGCUGGCCCAGGUCCUGCUGCUGGACCAGAACAUCCACUUCCACCAGCUCAUGGGCUACGUGGUGGUUGUGCUCUCCCUUGUGCACACUGUGGCCCACGUUGUGAGCUUCGCGCUCCAGGCUCAGUCCGAGGCCAGUGCCUUCCGGUUCUGGGAACUGCUGCUCACCACCAGGCCUGGCAUCAGCUGGGUCUAUGGCUCGGCCUCCCCGACCGGUGCUUGUCUGCUCCAUCUCCUGCUGAUCUGCAUAUCAUGUGCCUCUGGAAGCUUACCAGCCCCUCCCUCUCCACCCUCACAGGUGUUCUACUGGACCCAUUUGACCUACCUCCCCAUGUGGAUUCUGCUCAUUCUGCACGGGCCCAUCUUCUGGAAGUGGCUGCUGGUCCCUGGCAUCUUGUUCUUCCUGGAGAAGAUCAUCGGGCUAGCAGUGUCCUGCAUGGCAGCCCUGUGCAUUGUGGAAGUCAAUCUCCUCCCCUCCAAGGUCACCCACCUCCUCAUCGAGAGGCCCCCUCUCUUCCACUACAGAGCAGGCGACUCCUUGUACCUGAACGUCCCCAGCAUCGCGCUCUACGAGUGGCAGCCCUUCACUAUCAGCAGCGCUCCAGAGCAGAAAGAUACCAUCUGGCUGCAAGUCCGGUCCAAAGGCCAGUGGACAGACAGGCUGUAUGAGUCCUUCAAGACAUCAUGCCCCAUGGACGGUGGCUGCAAACAGCUGUCAAGAAGGUUGAGGAUGAGGAAGAGCCAGAGGAAGGCCCAGAGUUUGCCGUGCCAGCCCAUCCAUUCGGGAACCUCCGUACAGGGAGCAGUGGCCUUCGUCAGGGACGUCACCGUGGAGCUGACCUCCUACGGGCCCAAGGGAACUCCACAGCAGGGGGACCUAAGGCCUGCAAUGGACGAGAGUUCCAGUUGCUCUGCAGCCUUGCCAACAUUUGAUAUUGGCCAUGUCUUACGUUUUAGCCAUUCUAGUGGUAAAGUAAGCAGCAGCAGUAGUACCUGUAAUAGUAGCAGUAGUAGUAGCAGUAGUAGUAGUAGCAAUAGUAGUUGUAGCAGUAGCUCUAGUAGCAGUAGUACCUGUAAUAAUAGCAGUAGUAGUUGUAGCAGUAGCUGUAGUAGCAGUAGUAGCAGUAGUAGUUGUAGCAGUAACUCUAGUAGCAGUAGUAGUAGUUGUAGCAGUAACUCUAGUAGCAGUAGUAGUAGCAGUAGUAGCAGUAGCUGUAGUAGAAAUCAUAAUAGUAGCAGUAGUAGCAAUAGCCCCUUCCUGGAACUGCAUAUGUACAUGGCCUCUGCACUGGGCAAGCAUGAUCUGAAGGUCAUUAGCCUGCAGUUGGCCCUUGACCUCCUGGCCGAGAAGGAGGACUCCAUCACGGGCCUCCAGACGCGCACCCAGCCUGGGUGGCCUGACUGGAGCAGGGUGCUCCAGAAAGUGGCUGCUGAGAAGAAGGGUAAGGUGCAGGUCUUCUGUGGCUCCCCAGGCCUGGCCAAGGUGCUCAAGGGCCCCUGUGAGCAGUUCGGCUUCAAAUUCUUCCAAGAGAACUUUUAG